AACUAUUUUCCAUAAGCUAUCGCAUAACGCAUCGAUAUAUCGAUGUAUAUUAGAGUGCCAGUCAGCUGUGUUACUAGCCAUUAAUUAAUUAAUUAAUUUGUAUUUAAUUAAUCAAUUAAUUUCUUUAUGACAUGACAUUGUGACAUGUAGCAUAUCUGGAUAAAAACGCAAUAUGAAAGAAGUGGGCAUAGCUCUGCCCAAGUCUCGAGGCGUGGGUGUCGGAAUAGUCGCAGGGUUCUUGUUAUGCUUUAUAUUCUACUACUUUUACGGGGGUUACAUGACUUUUUUGCUGUUUGCUUCUAUUCUACUGUUGAUAUUCUACUACGCCCAAGACCUGCUGCUGUACCAUCCUGACCUACCUACCAACUCUCGCAUUUACAUACCCAUCCCGACCAUGCACAACUUACCACACAUUACAGUCAGCAUCAACACGCCCGACGGUGUUACGUUGCAUGCCUUUUGGAUAAGCCAACCCGAGGAGCGUUGCAAAUUGGUGCCAACAUUGCUUUACUUCCAUGGCAAUGCUGGUAACAUGGGGCAUCGCAUGCAAAAUGUUUGGGGCAUUUAUCACCAUCUUCAUUGCAAUAUUCUGAUGGUGGAAUAUCGGGGCUAUGGCCUGUCCACUGGCGUACCCACGGAACGCGGCUUGGUCACAGAUGCUCGGUCUGCCAUUGACUAUCUCCACACACGCCAUGAUCUGGAUCACUCUCAACUGAUCCUGUUUGGGCGGUCUCUUGGGGGCGCCGUCGUCGUCGAUGUGGCCGCCGAUGCCGUCUACGGCCAGAAGCUGAUGUGCGCCAUUGUGGAGAACACGUUCAGCAGCAUACCCGAAAUGGCUGUGGAGCUGGUGCAUCCGUCUGUGAAGUAUAUACCAAAUCUACUUUAUAAGAAUAAGUAUCAUUCUCUGAAUAAGAUCAGCAAGUGUUCGGUUCCAUUUCUGUUCAUAUCGGGCCUUGCGGAUAACCUAGUGCCACCGCGUAUGAUGCGUGCCUUGUAUACCAAAUGUGGUAGUGAGCUGAAGCGUCUGCUUGAGUUCCCCGGGGGUUCGCACAACGACACCUGGAUAGUGGAUGGGUACUACCAAGCAAUAGGACAAUUUUUGGCCGAGCUACAACAGGCGCCUCUGCCACUGCAGAAACCGCCUGAGAAGAGCAAUGUCUGGGUCGAGCUGGAGCAUAAGAUCAUUGAUGUUUAGGCUCCUUAGCCUCUCGGCAUACAAACCACGUGUUCUAUUGACUGUGUUAGCACUGCGAAUGGUUUAUUACUUAUACAUCAACUAUAUAGUAUAUAACUUUAUAUAACAAGAUUUUAAUCUAAACUUUGCUUUAAUCUAUGUUGUAUUUUGCUCCAUUCGAAGGGGAGGAGGCAGAGAAUACGUGAGAACGUGCUAGCAAUGGUUGCUUACAGAAAUGAUUCCUUUCGCGAUAGAAAAGACUACCAUCCAUCUAUAGAUAAAAUUCAGUUUUCCAAAAUACUGUGCUCGCAAAAUGUACAUUUAAUUGGUAGCAUUGUAAAAGAAUCAGUAUUUAAACAAAACAACAACACACAUUUUCCUGACUGAUGGUUUAUCCCUAGCACGUUUAAAUUUUGCGGCAGUUCCACUUUUU